GACCGACGUCCGUGACGUCACUUCGCGGUCGCGCAUUCUCAGCCAUUCGGAUUUCCAACCGACGGCCGCAAGAAUACCGUCAAGAUAAAAGUAGCCGUUUGCGGUUCCAAGUGAGAAUUGAACGCGACGCGGGUGCGGCGGAGACGUGUUUACUGGGCCGGUGUCGCUUCGUGUGGUGGAAUGUUGCGGCUGACGUUUUCACCAGAGCGAGCUAGCUAGCUAGCCAGCUAGCUAGCGAGCGUUAGCAUUCGGAGCACCGGGCCGCGGCUGAACGUGAGCACAAAGGCGGCGGUGCGCACGCCGCAGUUCCAAACAAUGUACCCGUCCUGGGGCAACUUCGGUGCGCCCCAGUCGCAAAACUACGGCGGGCCCGGCCCGCGAAAGCUGCCGGUCGGAGGCCACGCCGGGCCGCCGACGGCUUUCGGCUGUUUGCAGGCCUCGGCGGGCGGCUCCAUGUUCUCGAGCCUGCAGGAGCAGCACCUCCAGCAGAUGCAGCAGCUCCAGAUGCUGCACCAGAAGCAGCUCCAGAAUGUGCUCCAACACGGCAACGCGCCGCCGGCCUACGGUGGCGGACCCCCGGGUGGCUACUCGGCGCCGGCCUGGCAGUCGACGGAAGCGGCCCAGCUGGAUCGGAGCGCCGGGCCGCAGUGCCACAUGAAGGGGGACUCCGUCGCGCCACAGGCGGACCACUCGCAGGCUCCGCCGCCGCCUCCGCCGCCGCCGCACAAGAUUGAGUCCCAGCCGGCUCCUCCUCCGCCCGAGCCCCAGUCAGCGAAAUCGCAGGACGCCAACGCCGCUCCCAAAGCUAACGGUGCAAAAGGAAAGGACACAGUCGCCAAAGACAACGACGGCUCCAAUUUGCAGGAUCAACAGCAACUUUGGUACAAGCAGCAUCUCGAGAAUCUGCAGAAGUUGAGGCAAGAGAAAGCCAAGCAGAAUCAAAAGGAUGCCGAGCCGCCCCGCAGCCAAGCGGCGCAGCCUCCUCCUCCGUCCGAGCCGCCCAAAGGUGCGCCUCCACCACCUCCUCCGAAGGAAGAGCAGCCAGCGCCGCCUCCGCCUCCUGAGCCUGACAAAAAGCAAGACCCCGAGGAGGCGGCCCGUCUCCAGCAGCUACAGGCUGCAGCGGCUCAGUGGCAGCAGGUUCAGCAGCAGCGAGUCAGCUUACAUUAUCAGGCUCUUAUGCAGCAGCAUGAAAAGCUCCAGCAGAUACUCGAAAAGUAUCAGCCUCUCAUUCAACAACCUGCAAACCUACAGUCGUUGUCACCCGAGAUGCAGCUAAGGCAUUAUGAAAUGCAAAAGCAGCAGUUCGUCCCCCUGUUCCAAGAGUGGGAGCUUACCUUCAGGCUCUGGUUUGAGCAGUUCCAAACAUAUCCGCACAAAGACCAGCUGCAUGACUACGAGAACCAAUGGAAGCAGUGGCAAGAGCAGAUGAAUGCCACCAAUGCUCACAUUCUUGCGACAAUUACCGCUCUUACUGCGUUGGUGCCAUACGCUGCAAUGCAGUAUGAUAAUGUAGGUAUGGGGCAGUAUGGCGCUUACCCUGGACAAGACAUGCAAAUGCCGCCGCCAUUGAAUCAACCACCAGUGACUCAGCCACCAAUGAAUCAGCCACCACCACCUCCUGUAGUUGCUGCUGGUGUGACAUCCCAAGGUCCACCGCCAGGUCCACCGCCAGGUCCACCAUCAGGUCCGCCGCCAGGUCCGCCGCCAGGUCCGCCGCCAGGUCCGCCGCCAGGUCCACCAUCGGGUCCACCGUCAGGUCCGCCGCCAGGUCCACCACCAGGUCCGCCGCCAGGUCCACCACCAGGUCCACCGCCUGGGCCGCCGCCUGGUCCACCGCCAGGUCCUUCGCACACUCAAACUGCUGGACCACCACCCAGAGGAGGCGCCCCCACUGGAAUGGGACCCACAUGCCCUGUCAAUGUUACACCACCAAACUUUAACAGCAUGGGGGGUCCAAGAGGAAGCAUCCCCAGAUUCAACCAGCCAAUGCCGUUCGAUGGACCUCCAAGAUUUGAUCAGUGUUUCGAGCGUCCCCCUUCAUUUCAGCCCCCACAACAGUGCUUUGACGGUCCACCUCGGUUUAACCAACCAAGAACGCGCUUUGAUGCUCCGCCUCGGUUUGAUCCACCCCACCAACGCUUUGACGGACCACCUCGUUUUAACCAACCAGGGUCGCGUUUUGAUGGGCCUCCUAGAUUUGACCAGCCCUGCCAGCCCUUUGACGGUCCCCCCAGAUUUGACCAUCCGCCACAACCCCCAUUCCGGCGGCAGUCUAGAUUUGACCAACCUCCAAGCCACACUGGCCCUCAGCCUCCCAUUGAAAGCCCACCAGUUCCUCCACAGAAACAGCAAGGACCCCCACCACAAGCCCAACAAACCCCCACACAACCUGCCAGUGUGGAUACGGCAUUAAAAUCGGUUGAGUUGCAGCAGUCUGAUCAACAAAAGAGUAAAACUCAAUGUAGUAAGUCGACCACUGAUAAAGACAUGACCGAUGACUCGCUUGAAAGUGUUGGAUUUUUUGUCAGUGAACCAAUACCUCAGACCAGAACGACAAGCACAGAGGAAGAUGAUACUAUGGACAUUUGCAACUCACCCAAACAAGUUGAAGAUAUGCCAUCCCAGCCUGCUGCUACUCCUCUGGAAUCAAAACAAGCCCAUUCACAGAACUUUCCCAAACCAAAUGGCCCAUCAAAAAACAGCAACCCUCCCUCUGUGUUUUCAGAGGCCUCCCAAAAACAACAGGAGCAGCAACCACCUAGACAAUUGCAGUCAAGACCUGAACCUAUAGGGCCUCCCCCGGGUAGAGAGCAAGGUCAGCCCCUGGUACCCAUGCAAGGACGAGGACAGGGGCAGAAGGGGCGCGGAGACUUCAUGGGACAAAACACCGGACCACCGGUGGGGGAGACAAAUGAAAUGUCUCAUGAAUUUAUGCCUCCCGAGGAAGAAUUGUAUGAGCCGCAAGAGCAAGAGGGCUAUCAGUGGCAAGAUCCUUCAUAUGAAGAGUUUGGUGGCGAGGUGUGUGAUGAACCGGGUGAAGAAAUUUGGAUGCCAGAGGACCAUCACUUUGAAACAGAGGAGGAGUAUUAUGAAGAACCAAUGCAGGGACCUCCUAUGGGUAGAGGUGGGCCUAUGAUGAGAGGACAUCCCCCUAUAAGCAGAGGAGGUGCCCCAUUGGGUCGAGGAGGACCGCCCAUGGGCAGAGGUGGAGCGCCCAUGGGUAGAGGUGCACCGCCCAUGGGCAGAGGUGGACCGCCAAUGAGCAGAGACGGGCCACCUUUGGGUAGGGCAGGACCGGAUAUUGGCACAGGAGGUCCACCCAUGAGUAGAGGUGGUCCACCAAUGGGAAGAGGUGGUCCGCCCAUGGGCAGAGACGGGCCACCUUUGGGUAGGGCAGGACUGGAUAUUGGCACAGGAGGUCCACCCAUGGGUAGAGGUGGUCCACCAAUGGGAAGAGGUGGUCCACCCAUGGGCAGAGACGGGCCACCUUUGGGUAGGGCAGGACCGGAUAUUGGCACAGGAGGUCCACCCAUGGGUAGAGGUGGUCCACCAAUGGGAAGAGGUGGUCCGCCCAUGGGCAGAGACGGGCCACCUUUGGGUAGGACAGGACCGGAUAUUGGCACAGGAGGUCCGCCCAUGGGCAGAGGAGGUCCGCCCAUGGGGAGAGGAGGUCCGCCUAUGGGGAGAGGAGGUCCCCCCAUGGGGAGAGGCGGGCCCCCCAUGGGGAGAGGCAGGCCCCCCAUGGGGAGAGGCGGCCCCCCCAUGGGGAGAGGCGGGCCCCCCUUGGGGAGAGGCGGGCCCCCCUUGGGGAGAGGCGGGCCCCCCAUGGGGAGAGGAGAACCCAGCGACAGUCAAUGGCAAGAAGCUGAGUCAACUGAGUACUAUGACGAAGAGGAACCUUGUUGGGGAGAGGGGGAACCUCCGAUGAGAGGGAUGAGAUCCCCAUUUCCGCCUGACCGCGGCCGUCCACCACGCGGUCAUGGACCGCGCGGCCGUCCUAGUUUCAUGCAGGAACGAGGACCCCCGCCGCACCUAGCGCAUGGGCCAGUGGAUGAAGAUUCAUUCGGCUAUGGUAUGGACUCUGGUGAUAUGGACAUGGAUGAAUCUGAUCAUUACAUGUAUCAUAAUGAUGAUCCGCAUAACGCAAUGCACCCAGCUGCAGGAAGAGGCAGGCGGCCACCACCACCACCUCACGAAUUAAUGGAUCCCGAUGAGGAGCCAUUUUAUCACGAAGAGAUGGAGCGUGAGGAGGAUUGGCAUCCACCCUACGGCAGACGUCCGCCAAUGCCGCACGAGAUCAUUGAAAGAGGAAGAGAUAUGAGAAGACGACCUAUGGGUCGUGGAAUGGCUAGAGGCAUGAUGCGGCCUGGUGUACCACAUGAACAGGAAGAAGGAUACAGUUUUGGUUUCGUUGAGGACUAUGGUCACAGAGAGCACGACUAUGGUCACGGAGAAGAAGACUAUCGCCGGAGGCCGCCGCAUCUCGAUGACCCUCGACAUGAGGGCAGGUUCUUUGAUCCUGAGUGGGACAGAGAGCGAUCUCCACCGGACAGGGACUAUCCACCCCCAACCUCCGCGUUCUACCAGGAUGAGCGCUGGCUUGAGGAAAGAGAGCGAGGUCCACCGCAACCAUUCGAUGAGUAUGACCGAAGAAGAGGUGAUAUCAGAGAUCGCGAUUACAUGGACAAGCCACCAUCCCGACCGGACGAUCUAGCACAUCCUUCAGAAUGGGAUCGGCCUUCAAGAUUUGACCCGCCAACAGAGAGAACAUAUUCCCCCUAUCGAGACCGUAGAGACGAGCCUCCUUUGGAUAGACCUCCACUCCAAAAUGACCCUGGCAAAAACCUGCCAGAGAGUUCAUCAGACCAGCAGGGAGGGAAUGUGCUCGCUCUUUCGCAGCGACAACAUGAAAUCAUAUUGAAAGCUGCUCAAGAAUUAAAACGGAUGAGGGAACUGCAGGAGGGGAAGCCCGAUACUGCAUCUCAGCAUGCCCCUGCUGAUACUUUACCUGACCUCCCUGCUGAGCUCCUUGGUUUGGAGAUCCCACCAGAAGUCAGAAAUGCUCUGAAGGGCAUGACCGCAUCUGCUCAAAUGGCUAAAACACCGUCUUGGGAUGCAAAUCCUGCCGCGCCUGUGCACACAGUGGCUCCAAAGACCGUGGAUUACGGCCAUGGACAUGAACCUGGUACCACUGUGGAGCGCAUCGCUUAUGGUGAGAGGAUUGUGUUGAGGCCUGACCCAGACAGGGGCUAUGAAAAAGAACCUCUUCGAGAUCCUUACAGCAGAGAUCCCUAUUAUGACAGAAGACCAGACCCUUACAUGGACCGUCGGGAGUACAGUAGAGAGAGAGAAUUCUACCGAGAAAAACCUCCACCGGAAUACGAAAGAGAACGUUUUGGAAGGGAACGCUAUCCUCCAAGAGACCGAGAUGAUAGCUCACUAUUGAUGGUUGACGAAAGGCGCCCUUUUCGUCCGGGCUACCGGGAAAGAGAAUGCGACGUUCGAGAGAGGGACCGAAGCGGCAGCCGCGAUCGGGAGGAUCCUUUCGGAAGGCCCGGCUACGACAGGCCUCUCUUUGAGCGCGCUGGACCCGACCGUGGCGGUCCCGAGCGUUACGGCCAUACCUCCUCACCUUUUGUAGACAGAAGUUACCCAGAGGAACGUGGGCCCCCCGCCGCACCGCCGCUGGCACCGCCGCCACAGUCACUGCCGCCUGUUGAGAAGAAGCCUGAGAUCAAGAACGUGGACGAUAUUCUCAAACCCCCCGGAAGGCUGUCGCGGCCUGAGAGGAUUGUCAUCAUCAUGAGAGGGCUACCGGGGAGCGGAAAGAGUCACGUUGCAAAGCUCAUACGGGAUAAAGAGGUGGACUGCGGCGGCGCCCCACCAAGAGUUCUGGUUUUAGAUGACUAUUUUAUGACGGAGGUUGAGAAAGUCGAGAAAGACCCUGACACGGGCAAAAGGGUCAAAAGAAAGAUUCUCGAGUAUGAGUAUGAGCCAGAGAUGGAGGCCACCUACCGCAGCAGCAUGCUGAAGACGUUUAAGAAGACUCUGGACGAUGGCUUUUUCCCUUUCAUCAUAUUGGACACUAUCAAUGACAGGGUCAGCCAGUUUGAUCAGUUUUGGAGCGCUGCCAAAACGAAAGGUUUUGAGGUCUAUAUUGCUGAAAUCACUGCUGACACCCACACUUGUGCAAAGAGAAACGCCCACGCGCGCACACUUAAGGACAUUAUGAAGAUGUCCAAUAACUGGGAGUCCACGCCUCGUCACAUGGUCCGCUUGGAUGUUCGAGCCCUGCUGCAGGACGCUGCUAUAGAGGAGGUGGAAAUGGAAGACUUCAACCCUGAAGAUGAGCCUAAAGAAGCCAAGAGAGAGGAGGAGGAAGAGGGUGAUCUGGGCUACAUUCCAAAAAGCAAAUGGGAGAUGGACACCUCGGAAGCAAAACUCGACAAGCUGGACGGCUUGGGGAGCGGCAGCAAGAGGAAGCGUGACGGCGGCCACGCGGCAGCCUUGGAGGACUACCUUCAGCUGCCCGACGACUACGCCACCCGCAAGUCUCAGCCGGGAAAGAAGAGGGUGCGAUGGGCCGAUCUGGAAGAGCAAAAGGACGCCGAUCGCAAGCGUGCGAUCGGCUUCGUGGUGGGCCAAACAGACUGGGAAAAAAUCACAGACGAUAGCGGUCGGCUUGCACAGAAAGCGCUCAACCGGACGAAAUAUUUCUAAAAGAUCAUCUUAACCCCCUUUUUUGUUGUCGUCGAAGGAUUGGGACAGAGACCUGCCAGGAAUAGCAAAAAUCUGCGAAUGAUUGAUGCCUCCCUACCCCCGCAAAAGGGCUUCGUAGUUGGGUAUACAUGCCACACGGAGAGGAUCAUAAAGCAUCAACGCCACGCUUGGAGCAUGGACACCAAUAUUGAACCCAUGUUACAUUAUUAGGCUCAUCAAUAGUAUUAGCGAGCAUAGUAGUCGAAAUAAGAUGCCAGCACAACUUGAUGUGACCACACAUGGGCAAACGUAUAUACGCACUAGUACUUGACACUAACAGUAUCAAGUCAUGCCACACGCAAAAAUGAAUGUCAGGGAAUACAGGCAAAGUAAACGACAGCGGCCACGAGCUGCAAAACAGGACACCUCAAACGCAGGCGACAAAACACUCCAUGAAUUCCACCGAACAACAACAGCAGCAGCAAGAUUGCACCGGCUGAUGAUGAUGAUGAUGAUGAUGAUGAUGUCAUACUUGAUUUGCUUUGGACUGAGCACAACAACCGCAAAUAGCCGCGAUUUUAAGCAAAUACGAUCCCCAAAACAUUUGCAAAUGCCGAAGCGCAAAAUAUGCGGGUGUUCACUGUACUGUAAUGUGUAAUGUCAACUUAGUAUGGUCAUCAUUUGCCCAUCUUGUUUCGCUUUCCUCAAUGCAUUUAGCCCAUACAUUGCACUGGCUCUUAAGAAUGUAACUUCAAUGCGUUUUAUUAUGGACAUAAUGAGACUUCAGCAUAUCACUAAUGAAAUGUUCCAUAUGAAAUUGAAUUCAAGUAAUUGAUUCAUUAUAGUCAAGCACCAGACUGACUGUUCUUUUUGUACCAAAAUCACCAAUUUUUGUAUUUAUUUUCCCCCCUU